CCAGCAGUCGUCAGCAGCAGCGUUCACACAGACCUGAUACGUAGCAACAGGCCUCUGAGCUCUGUGCACAUUAGCAGGACUACACACACUGAGGCCCAUUGAGCAGAAAUGGGAGCCACUACUUUCAUAUGACCUCACAUGGGAUGGUUUCCUCCCAGUCUACAGGUGAGCUUCUGGCCAAGGAACGUUCAUAUCAUUGGUUCUCCAGUCAGAAAAUGCUCCAAUAUGACGGCUUAUAUCCUGUGGACUGUGGUUACAUGGACAUUUAAAGGGAUACUGUGCACCUGCAGGUUCCUGUGGAUUUGCCCAUAUAAUGCAAUCAAAUUCUUGCCAAGGGAACAACACGUUACAGAGGAGACGAGGCCACAGAUGAAACAACUUGUGGGUUUUGAAAGUAAAGGGAUCGCAGCCAUACCGGGGAGCCCCGACCGCACCACUGGCCUGAACCAGAGACUGACCAAGGCUGAGAGAGACAUCCUGUCACUGAAGACCAGGGUCGCCUGUGAGAGGGUGUCCUGGGAGAGGAGGUUCUCAGAGCUGCAGAGGAAACAGGAAGAGCUACGUGGUCAGCUGACCUCUGAGGCUGGAGUGUUGGUGAGAGUGGCCACUUGUGAUGAUCAGGCAGAGUCAGGAGUGGACAAUGGACAAGGUUUUGAGGAGAGCUCAAGUCUCUCAAGACACAUGUUUCUACACAGAGGAAGUGAGAUGUCAUCAAGAAAUGACGGCUGGAGAAGCAGCUUGUCAGACAGUCGCUUAUCUUCAUCAACAGCGCUGAGCUCAAGACUCGCAUCCUCCUCAUCCUCAGUCACCAGUGUGAGAUCAUGGAGGACGUCCUAUGGGCCCCACCGGGCUUUUGUCCCCCACUCCCCCAUGGACCUGCAGCUGGGCCACCGGGUCAGGGUCAUGCUGCCGUCUGGGCGGGUUAGCACAGGGACGGUCCGUUACCUGGGCCACCUGCAGGGGGAGUCAGAUCUCCACCUCGGCGUGGAGCUGCAGACACCUGAUCAUGGGCUGCAUGACGGCAGCCACAGGGGACACAGCUACUUUGAAUGUAAACCUGGAUUUGGUGCCUUUGUACCAUUCCACAAACUACUGAUGGCCUGGGAAUGACGAGGAUACAUCACGCCAAGCUGCACCAUAGAGAACCAACUGAGCAGAGAACAGUAGUUACAGUCAUGGAUCUGAUACAUUAUUGUAAUGAGGUAUUUUUGUAUCAUAGUACACAUAUAAAAACACGAGUGUUGUGUUGUCAUGUCUCUGAAGAAUCACAAAAAUAAAUACAAUUUCAACCCUGUGUGAAGCUUGGGCAGAGAGAAA